AUGGGUGUGUGCACUUCAAAACCUCGUGCAAACCCCACACUCUCUUCUCCAAAUUCCGUUACACACACAGAAACCACUUCUAACGCUAAGCCUCGUUCCAAUGGAGAAAACCCUACCCUUACCCACAUCAACAGCGUUAAAAAAUCUCCCCUUUUCCCAUUUUGCAGUCCCAGCCCUGCCCACCAUUUGGUCCCCAGCAAGUCACCGGCAGCGAGCACGCCGCGGCGGUUCUUCAAGCCUCCGUCGCCGGCGAAGCUCAUAAGGGCGGUGCUGGCUCGCCGCCACGGUUCCGUGAAGCCGAACGAGGACACAAUACCGGAAGGUAGCAAAGCUGAGGUGGUUGCUUUGGAUAAAAAUUUUGGGUUCAAAAAGCAUUUUGAGAACGAGUUUGAGCUUGGGAAAGAGGUUGGGAGAGGGCAUUUUGGGUACACUUGUGCUGCCAAGUUCAUCGAGGGUAACCUUAAAGGCCAACAGGUCGCUGUUAAGGUCAUCCCAAAAGCCAAGAUGACAAAUGCUAUUGCUAUUGAGGAUGUGAGAGGGGAAGUGAAAAUAUUGAGAGCUUUAACUGGACAUAAGAAUCUAGUACAAUUCUACGAUGCAUUUGAAGACCAUGAUAACGUCUAUAUAGUAAUGGAGUUGUGUGAAGGAGGGGAGCUUUUGGACAGAAUAAUAUCAAGAGGGGGGAAAUACUCAGAGGAAGAUGCAAAAGCUGUCUUGACGCAAAUACUGAAUGUUGUUGCAUUUUGCCACCUACAGGGUGUUGUGCAUCGCGAUCUUAAACCUGAGAACUUCUUGUUCACAUCCAAAGACGAGAACUCAGAGCUGAAGGUCAUAGAUUUUGGCUUGUCUGAUUUUGUUAAACCGGAUGAAAGGCUUAUUGAUAUUGCUGGUAGUGCAUACUAUGUGGCUCCUGAAGUUCUGCUUAGAGCUUACAGUACAGAGGCUGACGUAUGGAGUAUUGGUGUGAUUGCAUAUAUAUUAUUAUGUGGCCGUCGUCCAUUUUGGGCACGGACUGAAUCUGGGAUAUUUCGUGCUGUAUUGAAAGCUGAUCCAAUUUUUUAUGAACCUCCUUGGCCUUCUCUGUCAGACGAGGCCAAGGAUUUUGUUAAGCGAUUACUGAAUAAAGAUCCAAGGAAAAGAAUGACUGCAGCACAGGCAUUAGGUCAUCCAUGGAUUAAAAAUUAUAAGGAUGUAAAAGUACCCCUGGAUAUUCUAGUGUUCAAUCUCAUGAAGGCAUACAUGCAUUCCUCCUCUCUACGAAAAGCAGCUUUAAAGGCUCUGUCUAAGACGUUGACUAUUGAUGAGCUUCAUUAUUUGAAGGAGCAGUUUACACUUUUAGAGCCAAACAAAAAUGGCACUAUUAGUUUGGAAAAUAUCAAAGUGGCCUUGAUGAAGAAUGCAACGGAUGCUAUGAAGGAGUCACGCAUUCCAGAUUUACUGGCUUCACUUAAUGCAUUGCAAUAUAGAAGGAUGGAUUUUGAUGAGUUUUGUGCAGCUGCACUUAGUGUUCAUCAACUUGAAGCACUUGUACGGUGGGAGCAACAUGCACGCUGUGCCUAUGAACUUUUUGAAAAGGAUGGAAACAGGGCAAUAGUCAUUGAGGAAUUAGCUUCGGAUCUUGGCCUUGGUCCAUCUGUCCCUGUUCAUGCUGUUCUUCAUGAUUGGAUUAGGCACACCGAUGGAAAGUUAAGCUUCCUUGGAUUUGUUAAAUUGUUGCAUGGUCCAUCUCGAAGUCUUGUAUAGCCUCAGUAGAAAGUUUGGAAGA